UACACUUUUUAAAAACACCCAACGGCCCAAAAAACAGGUGCAAAUAUGAAACCCAUCAAACGCGUGACAGGUGACGUAGCUAUUUUGAUAAAUCUCCCCCGCUCAUUAACAUACCUGGCGGGAACGUGGGCGUCAGGUGUGGUUGUCCAUUUGCAGACCAUCUGGAGCAGGCAUGGCACGUUCAGGUGACCGAUUGCUGCAGCCCCUCUGCUUCUCCAGCUGUGGAGAGGAGGACAGCAGCGAUAGCUCGUCGGAGGACUGGGCCCCGGUCCGGAGGAGCCCCGGUUUCAGGAGGAGCCCCAGCUAUAGCCGAAGCCCCAACUAUAGCAGAAGCCCCAGCUAUAGCAGAAGCCCCAGCUUUAGGAGCCCUGUCCAGAGCCCGUCCUCGGCCUGUCGCACCCCCAGGGUCCAACGGCACCGCCAGCGCAGUGUCCCCGUGUCUCCCUCCUGCUCCAGCUCGCCCAUCCCUUACGCCGCCUGGAACAAGCUGAGGCUGUGUGAGUCACCCUACACACCAAAGAGUCUGCUGUCCAAAGCUGCCCAGCCCAGCUCUUGCAGCAGACCUCCCAACAGCCAGAGGGCGCUACGCUUUUCCUCCUCCUCCUCCCGUGAGCCCCUCAGCCGUCUCCCCUCGGUCAACGUCAACCCCUUCACCCCCGACACCGUCCGCAGGACCAGUGAGCACUACAAGAGGAAGAGCCGGCGGAGUGAUGAUGAUGACGGUGAUGACUGCCAUAGAUCAAGAGAUGGCCAGAGUUCAUCAGAUGAGGAAUAUUGUAUGCCUCUGAAGAGACCCGCUGUGCAGGCGCUGAUGCUCUCCCGUUACGAGAGCGAGUUCCUGGAGCUCGGGAGGCUGGGCGUGGGCGAGUUUGGUGCCGUGUACAAGUGCGUGAAGAGGCUGGACGGCUGUCUCUACGCCAUCAAGCGCUCCCGCCAUCCUCUCGCUGGCUCGGCCAAUGAACAGCUGGCUCUGAAGGAGGUGUAUGCCCAUGCCGUGUUGGGCCACCACCCACACGUGGUCCGCUAUUACUCCGCCUGGGCAGAGGAGGACCACAUGAUCAUUCAGAAUGAAUACUGUGAUGGUGGAAGUCUCCUGGAUGUCAUUACAGAAAAAGAACAGCAGGGGGAGUACUUUAACGAGCCCGAGCUGAAGGAUUUGCUACUGCAGGUGUCCAUGGGCCUGAAGUACAUCCACAGCUCUGGCCUAGUGCAUCUGGAUAUUAAACCCAGCAACAUCUUCGUGUGUCUGCGGCCUGGCUCUAGUGCAGGAGGAGAGGGGGACAGCGAGGAAGAGGAGGAUGUGUACCCUUCAUCAGGCGUGGUUUACAAGAUUGGUGACCUGGGCCAUGUGACGUCCACCUCCAAUACCCAGGUGGAAGAGGGAGACAGUCGCUUCCUGGCCAAGGAGAUUUUGAAUGAGGACUACGGCGAGCUGCCCAAGGCAGACAUCUUUGCUCUAGGUCUGACGGCACUGCUGGCCGCCGGCGCCCCACCGCUGCCCCAGAAUGGAGAUGAGUGGCACCGCCUGCGCCAAGCUCACCUGCCCGUCCUACCACAGAAGCUCUCCACGGCCUUCACCUGUCUCCUACGGGGCCUGCUGGACCCUGAUCCUGUGUUGCGUCCGUCUGCAUAUGUGCUCUGCAAGCACCCUUUGCUGAGGAGGGAGAGGGCUGGCAAGAUAGCUGCAGAGCUGCGCAAGGAGCUGAACGUGGAGAAGUUCAGGACUGCCAUGCUAGAAAGGGAGCUGAAGGAGGCCAGGAUGGCUGCAUUGUCUCCCCAGCAGAGUGCUACGUCCGUGGGCCACCGUGACAAGACAGGCCCUCUACCCAAAACAGGUCGGCGGCUCGUGGGUCGGAAUGCUUCAAGGUCCGUGAGCUUCGGUGGCGUGAGGCGCUGAGUCCUCUUUUUACGGCAUUGUUGGACUUGUAGUUUUUAAUUACAAAGCUCUUAUUUGUAUGCAUAUCUGAAAAUACAGCUGCCAUACAUGGUAUAGUGGAACUUGACAGAGUGUGUAUUAGCAUUCACCAGAGUGCACAAUGAGUUGGAAAUAUGGACACCUAGUAUGUUACUGGUAUGCUGUGAUGAGUUGGUGUGUUUUAAUCACUGAGUGGGUUUGAGUUUUCCCUGUUUAUGUGUGCUAGUUGUUUUUAUAUGGUGUGCAUUUGCCUUUCACGGGGAACCUUGGCAUUAGCAAUUGUCCAUUAAGAAAUCUUGCAGACCUGAGUGUGGCCUGUAACUUUUGACUGAUGUGUUUUUUUUUAACCAUGUAAAUAAACUGUAAAUAAAUUUUAGAGUUUUAUCAGGA